GUAGUUUUCAUUUUCACCCCUGCCUCUGUAUCCGAGCAUACUAGCGGAUCCUGGCCCGAUCCCUCUUCCCACCCCACCCACCUCCGCUUCUCUCCAAGUGAGGAACCCCAAGCCCUCGCCAUGGCGUCGCGGAUCCUGGCCCGAUCCAAGGCCCUUCCCCUCGUCGCCGCCCUCACCCCUGCCGCUGCCAAAGCAGCAACGCCUAUCGCCGGAGCCCGCGCGCUCUCGUCCCUGCCCCGCUACCCGUCUGCCCCGUCGCCCCAUGGGCUCGGCAAGGUUCUGGGAUAUGAACCAACAUCUCACCUCAGUGGACCACAAGUUUUACCUCGUUGGUUUUCCUCUCUAGCAUCCAAUGGAUCUCAGGUGCAGAAGUCACAGAUCUCUGAGACAUACAAGUCAGGUGGUGAAAUGAAACAGUCUGAGACACGGAAAUCAAGUGAGGAAGCCACACCAAAAGUUGUGGCGUUCAGUCCGCUAGAAGCAGCUAUCGCUAAACCUAGAAGUAGUCCCCUGACAAGUGAGAGUUCUAAAGUAAGGCGAUCAGAGAUAGCAACCCAAGUCACCUUUUACAUGAUCCCAGCCCUGCUUCUUGCCUCCAAGAACAGCAUAAGUACCUCCCUUCUGGUCGGCGCCGUGUUCCAUCAAGUAUACAUGUUCCACAAGGAGAUUCUUCUGGACUACGUGCACCAUGAUAUCACCAGAAAGUGGGCUUUGAUUUACUUCAAGCUGCUUUUGCUGGUGAUGGCGAAGGACACCAUCAUGUACUUCAAUCUGUUCUAAGCUCACCUUCUCAGUUUCUCAAAUAUCCAGCAAUGCAUCCGUCUCUGCACUCGUAGAAUAAUGAUGAUGGAUGAAUUAUGCAGCCUUCGUUCUUGUAUUCUCCCUAAUGAGCUUGCUUUUUUCCAGCUGCCAGUUUCACUCUUAUUAAGUAUAUCAGUCUGGAUGGGAUUGAUAGUGACC